AUGAAAACAUUCUCAUCGAAACAAACAUAUGGCAUACAGUCAAAGCAAAUGGAUCAAGGAAAACAUGAAAAUGACAAGAUUUCGAGCGAAACGAAGAAAAGUUACCUAGUUGAAUUGGUUUCUGGUGAUACUGCUUUUCCGAAGGUGAUCGUGAUUCCGGUAAGCUCUUUCUUCCUUUUCCACUUCACUCUUCUCCUUUCUUCUUCUAUUUGUCUAUGUUGCGAAUGGCUAAUGAAUUGGGGUAACCUCACUGUAGGAAGAGAGAUUGAAGCUUAUGUAUGGGAUAGGGUUCUGGAGAUAAAAAGGUCGAGUUUGAUUAGAUGGAAGUUGGGUGAAACAAAGGCGGAAGACCUCCGCAAAGGUGAUUGGGAAAGAUGA